AACCUUUCUUCGGAACAAAGCAUUCAAUAUCCUUCCCUCCCAACAGUACAUUUCUCUGCACAACCGCAAAAUGAAUUUCGACAAUUUCCACAAAGCAUUAUCGGAAUUUCAAAGCCACUGCAGUAAUCUAGUCCAGAAUCUCACCACUAACCUUAACCGUCGCCCAAACCCUAUUCCAUGGGCCCGGAUAGCCCAAAACGCUACCAGGCCCAUGUCAACGGAGGUAAUCGAACAGCGUCUUGAAGGCGUUCCCGUUUACGCCCUCAGCAACGCCACAGAUGAGUUCUUGUUGGUUUCCGGUGCUUCCACCGGUAAAAAUAUUGGACUCUUUUGCUUCAAAAAAGAGGACGCUGAAGCGCUCCUUCAUCAAGUAACCACUAUUGACCCUCAAAUGCCUCAAGGUUCCAGAGUCGUUCCCGUUGCUCUCAACAAGGUAUUUCAACUCAAGGUAAAUGGUGUUGCCUUCAGAUUGAUACCUGAGUUCUCUCAAGUCAAGAAUGCGCUGCAUGAGAGGGAAAAAUCUGGCUUUCCUUCUGGUGACUUUUUUGGCGUUCCAGUUUUCCAGUCCAGAAGUCUGGUAUUGCAGAGCCAGAAUAAGAAAUAUCGUCCACUUUUCUUCAGAAAGGAGGACUUGGAAAAUUCACUUGAAAGGGCAUCUGGUCAGCUGAAUAGAAUAAAACAUGCUAAUGGACAAGGGGACAUUGAGGUAACUGCUCUAGAGGAUGUAAUAAAGGAAAUGAAGGAAAAUUCUACAUCGAAAUGGGAUGAUGUUAUUUUCAUACCUCCUGGAUUUGAUGUUUCAGCCAACCCCAAUCGGCAAUAGUGCAGGAUGAUUUAUAGAUAAAAUUGAUCAGUCAUGUCACCUUACUUCUAGUAUUAGCUUCUAGGUUUAAGGCAAGGCACAUGACAAAAACUUAUUUAGGUUUAUUACAUGACAAUCUUCUGACUGCAAAUGCAUACUCUUAAUCUUAAAUACUAACUUCCAUAUGAAAUGUUAAUGGAUAGUUUGUAUUUUUCAUUUUCUUCUUUGUUUUCAUCAUCACAAUUUUGAAUGAAACGCUUUCUUCUUUCCA